AGGGGUUUUGGGGGAAUGGGUGUCAGUGCAGCGUCCCCAAAUCUCUGGGGAGCAGGGAUUGGCAGUGUGCCCUGGCCACCCCCGGGAUCCUGCACCCUGCACCCCUGGUGCCACUUUCACCACACUUUCCCUUCCUGCCUCGCCCCCAAAACAGGAGAGCCGGGUGCCCACAGCCUCCCCAGCGCUUCCCACAUUGCUCUGGGCUGGCUUGGGGCCGAGUGGGCAGCUCGGGGAGCACAGGGAGCUCUGGGGGGCUCCGUGCCACUGAGCUCUGUCCCUGUGCUCCCCAGGGCUCCCCAGGAGCAGCCUCAGCCAUGUCUCAUCAUUGGGGAGAAGGAAUACGAGAGGAUCAAGGAAUCAGCUCAAGCCCCAGCUGAGGUGGAGGACUGGGACAGGCUGAAGACCCUGAGAGCCAGACAGGACGCUGCUUUCGAAACCCUGAAAAAGGCCCAGCUGGAGGAGCAGAGAAAGGCAGAGCUGGAGGAGCAGGGGGACCGUGGGAGAGCCCUGCAGGAGGAGCAGGAGCAGCAGGAGAAGCAGAAGCUGCUGCAGCGGGCGGCGAGGAUGAGGCUGGAGCAGGAUGAAGAAAUCCGGCAGCUGAACGCGCUGUUCCUCGAUGCCAAGUGCAACAUGAUCCGGGACAAGCAGGUCCUGGAGAAGCAGCUGAUCCACAAGGAGCUGGCGGAGGAGGAGAGGCGCCUGGACAGGAUGAUGGAAAUGGAGCGGGACAGGGGCAGGGAGGCCCAGGAGGAGCUGGAGCGCCUCAGGAAGCAGGAGCUGCUGAGAGCCAGGCAGGACAUUGUGAAACAGAUGGAGCAGAACGCAGAGGAGAGGGCACUGAGGGCUGAGAAGAAAUUCCAGGAGGGCCAGAAGCUGCUGGAGCGCCUGGAGCAGAUGAAGAGGGAGGAUCGGAAGGCCUGGGAGCAGAAACAGGAGAAAAAAAGGCAAAUCCAUGCUGAAAUUCGACGUUUCAAUGUGGAGAGCCAGAGGCUGAAGGAUCAAGAGCAGGAGCGGGAGAGGCUGGAGGACGAGCGGGUGCUGGAGCAGCAGCGGCAGAAGGCUGGGCUCUCCCCACAGGAGCGUGAGGCAGCCUGGGAGGCAGAGCAGGAACAACUGCGCCUGGAGAAGGAGAAGGAGCUGGCGCGGCUCAGGGCCGAGCAGGAGCGGGCACAGGACUGGCAGGCAGAGAUGGACGCUCUGAGGGCCAAGAGGAACCAGGAGGCGGCAGAGCGGGAGUGGCGCCGGCAGGAGCUGCAGAGGGCACGGAGGAAGGCCGAGCUGGAGCAGCAGCUGAGGCAGGAGCGGCUGCAGCAGGUGGCCCAGAAGGAGCAGUACCUGGCCAUGCAGGUGCAGCAGGACCGCCAGGAAUUCCAGAGGGUGCUCAGGGCCCAGCAGGAGCAGCUGGAGCGGGAGAAGCUGGAGCAGGAGCAGAGGGAGCUGCGGCAGCGCGCCCACGCCGAGUGUCUGCGGCAGCAGAUCCGGGAGCUGCAGCAGCAGCAGCAGCGGGAGCGGGCAGCCGUCCUGGAGGAGGGCCGGCGGCAGCGGCAGGAGCUCCAGCAGCGCCGCCAGCGCCUCGCCCAGCUCCGCCAGCAGAAGCUGCAGGAGUUCAGUGCCGGAUCCACUGGGAGCCUCAUGGAUUGUUCCCUCUGCAGAGCUGCCGGAAUGCCCGAAAAGUACUGUGCCCAGGUGGAGCGCAAAGCCCAGAGCCAGGCUGGCACUGCCCGUUCCUAGGCCCAGCCCUACAAGGAACCAGCUCCAAUUCCCCACCGAUUUGGGGCUCCAUUUGCAUUGACCAAAAUUUCCAAUAAACGAUGUGUUUGAGAA